AUGGCACCAAUGAAAAUCCCUGCAGUUGCUGUUCAUCCAACUCGCCAGAAGCCAAAAGACAAAGAUAUCGUUGAGGGGUUAGACAAAGCUCAGUUAGAGUUAGAAAAGAUGGUGGUCCAGUUAUCGUUUGAUCAGGGUAAGGGUGAAUUGAACGGCACUGGAUUUUACGUCAAUCUUCCCGGAGCCAAAGAAGACAUUAUCCUCACAGCAGCUCAUAACCUCAUCAGCGAAACAAAGCAACGAUCUACUGCCCUCUGCGUUCUCGGAUCAGCACCCAUUGCCAUUCCUGACGGUAAAUUCGAAAUCUGUUCCAAAUACGAGAAGAACCCGGGCGAAAAGGAAGCUGUGAACGACUAUGGCGCAAUCUUCGUACCUCGAAUAGCCAACAACCAGGCAAAACCGGGAUUCGGUUAUAGUCUAAAGCUUGGUAUUGAUGAGGACUUGAAAGGUAGAGUUCACGUUACUGGAUACAAAGGAAGGGAGAAAAAGGCCACUCCUACCGUCCCUGCCGGGACUGCCUCUGAUCUAGGAGAACUAGUAGAGAGCUCAGGAAGGUAUGCCGGCGAUGGAAGUCAGCUUUUAUAUGAGGCCGAUACGGAACAGGGGAUGAGUGGUUCACCGGUCUGGGUUGAAUAUAAUGGAUAUCCCACUGUAGUGGGCAUACACAAUCAUAAUUCGGAGAAGAAAAAGGGCAAAAAUGCGGACCAAGACAAGAAGAAGAAAAGAAACCGAGGAACGCAGAUCAAUUUGAACGUGCUUCGUGACGUGUGUCGAUGGGCCGGUAUUGACCAAUUUGAUAAAAGACUAAGAGUAAAGCAGGAUGGCGCUCGCCCGCAGGGAAUCUAUCUGAACUUUUCUAUGGGGGUUUCCCUCGCUCGAGUUCGCGUUGGAGCAGAGGGAACCAGCACGUUUGAUAUUCUACCCGCGUAUACCAAGACUACAGCCACGAAUACAAUGCCAUUGUACGCAUUUUUCUUCCAUCAACCAACCGACUGGAAGCCCGAAUAUUAUCAGGGACAGUGGGUGCGAUGGCAGCCUCUAGCCUCGCAGAACAAGGUGGUUUUAACGAAGAGUUUCGAAGAUGCGUGUCUGGUACGGAUCACCCCUGGGCCCGGUGUUCCUCCUUUUCGGAUUGCUCAGGACCAGACGGAUAACGGCAAGGAUGUGCGAGGCCUACGGGUUAAUUCUGCAAAUCUGAGCGAUCAAGACGUAGAGAAGGGAAUGGUUGACACUUCGGAAGUGUCAUUUGGACCUGAUAUGAAGGGGCGGGUUGUCAAGGAUAGUGCUGUUUCUGGCUUGUCGCGGGGCGGGAGCGGCAAUCCGGCCCGUCUGGAUUUCUGGGAGAAUCGCUCGCUCGUCUUGUCCAACUGCUCCCUCUCCCUCCCUCUCUCUCCAUCUCUGACACCUGAGUCCUUCGUGUCAGGACGCCGCCGUCCCUCAGAAGCCCCCCAUGCCGCUUGUCUCCUCGCUCCCCCAUGGACAAACUUCCUGCUCUUUGAGUUGUCGCGAGACAAUCUUCUAUGGAGACUCCAUUGUUAUGAGAGCUCUUGGAAAGCGGCCGAAAAUGGGUUCUCGGUAGCUAAUACGUCUGGCAUACUGUCAUUGUCUUCGUUAGCAUCACUGGGGUCCUUGGGACAAGGCACACUUCGCAAUCUGAUACAGCCAGGCCCGCAACCCGCUGCUGAGGCUAUCGAUAGCUAUGACGACGCCACUGCGCCGUCCAUCGGACAAAGGAGCCGGGCUGCCGCCGACUGGGAUCCUUCAUAUAGCACCGAAAGUAUAGACUGGUAUUCAGAAUACAUAGCUCGAAAUGGGCCUAUUUCUUUUAGUUGGCUACAGCGGCCUCUCAUUGGUGACACUAAUCGAGAUGCGAAGGGCAUGGGGUUGCUCAGGGAUUGGAGCUCCGCACGAGAGGAUAGAGUGGUCGCCCCUUUGGACGACGGGAGUGUUUGUAUAUGGGAUCUCAACUAUUCGCAUUCUAGUUCUUCCCGCUCGCGCAAAGGGAAAAUUGCCGGAAUAAGUCACCCAGGCAUACUGAUUACUGAUCUGUCCAAGCGAAGCGACAAGUCGCCUCCGCGAAAUCCGCCGCUGGAAUUUUUGAGCGUGGGAGAAUGCGUAAAUGUUGAUUCAAUGCGCAGAAGAGCUUAUAUCUCUGUGGGAAACGUACUUAAUGAAGUCGAUCUGGAAACUUUGCGUGUGGUCCACCAACAAAGAUACGCAUGGUCGAUCUUCGCGUUAUCGCAGGAGACAGAUUACUCGGUGCCACUAACGCUAGCCACAACGCUCAGUCUUCAAAUCUAUGAUGCGCGAUUAUCUUCACCAGAAGAAGAGGCUGAGAUUAGUCUUCGAUGCGAGAAGCAUCCAGCACAAUUUCUUCCUAGGUCGAAUCUCUACAGUCAUCCUGAUACUCAGGUUCUACAAUUACUUCCAAAUGGACAGCCACCACAGCGUAUCCGGAGCCCCGAGCCACAGGAAAAAGGAGCAGAUUAUGCUCCGCUAUUCCAGCCUGGUCCUCUAUCAAUACUACACCCGCCUAGUCCCCAUGUAAAUACUAUUCUUCUGGCCGGAAGAUUCCCCAGCAUUCUCUGCUACGACCGACGCACUUUUCCAAAGUUACAAGCUGCCGUACACUCCGGAGGUCGCUUAUGCGGGCUAGCGUCAAUCCCUCCUCCAAGUUUCCCCGUCUCUUAUGACUCGAAUUGGCAAAGCAAACACACCGUUGUGGCAUGUGGUGAAUACAACGGAAGAGGCUCCUUAGAGCUAUACGAUCUUGAUUUCCACGGAACUGAUCCGCAGGACAAAAACAGCGAGUCAAAUCUGCAGUCCCCUCGUUAUCAAAACCGACAGAGCGCAUCAAGUUCCAAGGUAUUGUCUGUUGCGUCACAUGGAGCCCGUAUUGUCUUUUCGGACUCGGGCGGUAACAUCAACUGGGUUGAGCGGGAUGGACGAUCCGAGGUUCGACGCUGGAAUAUCAAUUCGAGCAGACGGCAAGCGACAAAUUCAAAUAAUCAACGCGAAAAUACACCAUCGGGCAUGUUCUGGAGGGCGGCAGAUUCCAGCACACGCAACGACGUGGCUCGCAAGAUACUUCCUACAGACGCCAAUCUGAACGGCGAUGAACUCUUAGUAUGGACAGAAGACCGUAUAGGGCGUUUGAGGUUCUCCAAUGAUGAGAAUGAUGGCGGUGAUGAGAGUGACGACGAAAUAAAUGAUCGAAUGUCCGAAGAUGGCGACGAAAUCAUCGAUCCAGCCCAGAGGCAAGCACGCCGAGAGUCCCGGGAGGCCAUGCGGCGUCGCGAACAGGAAUACAGCCGAGAAAUGCGAAGGGCAUUAGAGAGACAAGCGGACGAAGUAAGAUGGAUGGGUCGUUUGGGAAUGGCAUAA